UUCUUCAAAAGAAAGCGAAAAUGGCCGGUCGCACAAAAAGUAAAGCGUGAGACCCUCUGUGCCUAAAGUCAAAACGGGUGCUCCAGCCAAAAUGACAGCAGUCGCGGAAGGUUUACCUGUAUAAUUCGCUUCCUCAGGUCACAGCGCCACGAAAAUAUUGCACAAUAUUGCUAAGUUUGUAAUAGCAGCGAGCGAAGGUGGUGAAUUUAUCGAUUGCAAUGUUCUGAAAAUAAAUGGACACAGCAGUGGAAAAUGCGAGCGAUCUGCAGUGUCAGGUUGAAGAGAUCGAAGCGCUUUCCUCCAUAUAUGGUGACGAGUGGUGUGUGAUUGACGAGGCAGCGAGAAUAUUCUGUAUAAAAAUAUCAGAUGACCUAUACGCGCCACAGUGGUCUAUUUGUUUACAGAUCAUACUCCCCGAGGACUACCCAAGCUCAGCUCCUCCAAUAUACCAAAUAAAUGCAGCAUGGCUAAGAGGUCCAGACAGAAUCAAACUGUCCAACAGCCUAGAGGAACUCUACCUGGAGAAUGCUGGAGAAAGCAUCCUUUACCUCUGGGUGGAGAAAAUCCGGGAAUUUCUAAUAGAAACAUCACAAAGUGGAAAUGCAGCAGAAGGACCAGAGACGGUCAGAGCAAUCACAUCUGAGGAAGAGGAUGACACCUGGGAUGAAGGCGACAUUUCCAACUACAACGUUCUAAAGCUGGACAUGGGGCAGACGCACAUCUUCUCUAGCUCGUCAGCAGAUGAGCAGCUUCCGCCGAUUAAACACGGUGAGCCGGUCACAGACAGACGCAGCACCUUCCAGCCUCAUUUAGCACCUGUAGUGACGCCUAAGCAGGUUCAGAGGGUGUUGGACAAACUAUAUGAAAACAAGAAAAUUGCAAGUGCCACUCACAACAUAUAUGCAUACAGGAUAUACUGUGAAGACAAAAACACAUUCUUGCAGGACUGUGAAGAUGAUGGAGAGACCGCUGCUGGAGGAAGGCUGCUGCACCUCCUGCAGAUUCUGGAUGUCAGGGAUGUGCUCGUGGUGGUGUCACGCUGGUAUGGGGGCAUUCUGCUCGGCCCUGACCGCUUCAAACACAUCAACAAUUGUGCCAGGACCAUCCUCGUCCAGGAGGGCUACAUGGACAACGCGGAGGAAGCAUCAAAAACAGUGGGGAAGAGCAAAAAGCCCAAAAGCAAGAAGAUGAAGUAAAGGCGCCGGCUUGUUUCUUAGCGUUGUUUUUACCGUCCCAGGGAAGAACAUGUCAACAGGCGUGUUUUAGUGGAUGAAAAUGUAAAGAUUUACAAUGUGGAGGAGAAAAAAAAAAAGCAUUGACUGGAGUGCUACCACAGGGACAAUGUUUACAACUCUAAUAUACAUAAAACAUCACAAAUUUGCUAUGCUAAAAAUGGACAUGAAUCAUGAAUUGUAAUAUGCGAAUUUACAUGACUUCAAUAUUAAAAAAGGCAAAAGCUGUCUCAACAACA